UAAACUCGAGUUGGAAGAGGCGAGUCGGGUCUCAAAAUGGAGGGCCAUGAUCCUAAGGAACCAGAGCAGUUGAGAAAACUGUUUAUUGGUGGUCUGAGCUUUGAAACUACAGAUGACAGUUUAAGAGAACAUUUUAAGUGGUGGAAAUGGGGCACACUCACAGAUUGUGUGGUGAUGAGAGACCCCCAAACAAAAUGUUCCCUGGUAUUUGGUUUUGUGACUUAUUUUUGUGUUGAAGAGGUGGAUGCAGCAAUGUGUGCUGGACCACACAAGGUUGAUGGGAGUGUAGUGGAACCAAAGAGAGCUGUUUCUAGAGAGGAUUCUGUAAAGCCUGGUGCCCAUUUAACAGUGAAGAAAAGCUUUGCUGGUGGUGUUAAAGAAGAUACAGAAGAAUAUAAUUUGAGAGCCUACUUUGAAAACUAUGGCAAGAUUGAAAUCAUAGAAGUUAUGGAGGACAGGCAGAGUAGGAAAAAAAGAGGAUUUGCUUUUGCUGCUUUUGUAACUUUUGAUGAUCAUGAUAUAGGUGAUAAAAUUGUUGUUCAGAAAUCCCACACUAUUAAUGGGCAUAAUUGUGAAGUGGAAAAGGCCCUUUCCAAACAAGAAAUGCAGUCUGCUGGAUCACAAAGAGGAGGCGAUGGUGGUGGAGGUGGCAGCAGAGGUAAUUAUGGAGGAGGUGAUGGUGGAUAUAAUGGAUUUGGAGGUGAUGGUGGCAACGAUGGUGGUGGUCCUGGUUAUAGCAGUAGAGGAAGCUAUGGUGGUGGUGGACCCGGAUAUGGAAACCAGGGUGGUGGAUAUGGUGGCGGUGGUGGAGACGAUGGUUACAAUGAAGGGGGAAAUUUUGGUGGUAACUAUGGUGGAGGUGGAAACUAUAAUGAUUUUGGAAAUUACAGUGAACAACAGCAAUCAAAUUAUAAACCCAUGAAGGGAGGCAGUUUUGGUGGAAGAAGCUCGGGCAGCCCCUAUGGUGGUGGAUAUGGAUCUGGUGGUGGAAGUGGUGGAUAUGCUAGCAGAAGGUUCUAAAAACUCAGCAGAGAAGGGUUGAAUGAGAACCCUUCUUGCCUAAUUGAGGAAUGUCUUUCCUACCAUCUUAAAUACAAAGGUUUCUGGCUGGGUAAGGUUUGUAGCUCACAGUAAAACCUGAUGACACCAUUUGUUUCCCUGCAAAUUUAUAUUACACAUUUAAAACUACUAGGUACAUUAGUAAAAUUGUUCAGCUGAAACUUGAUUUUGGAAC